CCGGACCGAGAAGCCCCGGCCAUGGCCACGUCCAUCGGAGUGUCCUCGGUGGGCGACGGGGUGCCUGAGUCUGAGAAGAACUCAGGGGAGCCCGAGAACACCUAUAUUCUGCGGCCUGUUUUCCAGCAGAGGUUCAGGCCCUCUGUGGUUAAAGACUGUAUCCAUGCUGUGCUCAAGGAGGAACUGGCAAAUGCUGAAUAUUCUCCAGAAGAAAUGCCUCAGCUUACAAAACAUUUAUCAGAAAACAUUAAAGAUAAAUUAAAAGAAAUGGGAUUUGACCGAUACAAAAUGGUGGUGCAAGUAGUGAUUGGAGAACAAAGAGGUGAAGGAGUGUUCAUGGCUUCUCGCUGUUUCUGGGAUGCUGACACUGACAACUAUACUCAUGAUGUUUUCAUGAAUGACAGUUUAUUCUGCGUUGUAGCAGCAUUUGGCUGUUUCUACUACUGAAUGAAUCUUUGAAAAGCUGGGAAAAGACACGACCAUGAAGAAAUCUGAACUUUUUAAUAUUGUUAAAUAUCUUGACAAAAUAAAGAUGUUAGUAGUUUGACAACUGAA